AUGUCCAGAUUAAAAAUAAUCUGGAGUCGAUGCUGUAGUAGAGGCUACACCUAUAAUUUUGAGAUCUAUCAUGGAGCUCGAAUUGGUGAAACGCUCAAGGAUUCCAAUUUUACGAUGGUGGAAGGAGUAGUUCUUGAUCUUUGCAAGCCCUUGGCAAAGAACGGACAUGUAGUAGCCUUUGAUCGCUUCUUCACGAGCAUCGCCCUCCUGGACGAACUCGACAAAAGGGGGAUCAAUGCGGUUGGGACGAUUCUUAAAACCAGAGUGGGACAACCCAUUUUUACGGUCAACGAAUCGAACCUUCCGCAGGACGAAUAUGUGGCCAAGUUUGGCGGUGAACCAGGAAUGGGAAUAAAGGGUGUUUUCAUCUGGAAGGACACUAAGCCGUUUCGGGUCGCUUCCAACUUCCACGGCUCAGAGGCUGUCAAGGUGCAAAGGAAGCAGCGCGAUGGUUCGUUCAAAACAAAGUCUUGUCCAAAAGCUAUUGCCGAUUACGUCGAUAACAUGGGCGGUGUAGACACGGCGAACCAGCUGCGUUCCUACUACGAGAGAGACCGCAAGUCAAAAAAAUGGUGGCACCGUCUCUUUUACUCCCUCAUGGAAACAUGUAUGGUGAAUAGCUGGAUUACUUACUGCGAUUUGGUGAAAAGAAACUGCUUUUUGGAAUUUCACGAUAAUCGGAUACUCGAUCCAACAAAGGCUGCUGCUGAAACGGUACUUGCUGUCGAUCCUGACGAAGAGAUCGAAGUCCAAACCGUCGAAACGGAUCCUUUGGGGAUUUAUCCUUCAUCUGAUUCCUCUGAUGAUUCUUAUUUUGACGUGCUAAAUAAUGAUGUAAAUGAUGGUGUCCAUUUAGAUGAAGACGAAUGGCUUCAAUAA